CCAUAAAACAAAACAUUCGAACCAGCUGCGCAUCAAACCGGCAACAGGAUUACAGGAAACAGCAAGGAGAAGCAGCAAAAACUUUACAAAGGCGCCGCUGGUUGCAGAUACUCCUACAGAAACAACCAGCGGUUUUAGCCAUGGAAACCAGUCGGUCACGUAGUAUAAAUAUCCUCACCAUCACACUCAUCUCUUCACAACCGAUAUCGACUCAAAAGUCAAGAGAGCAGAGAAAGAAAGCGUAGCAAGAAAAAUGUCAAGCACUGCAGGUCAGGUUAUACGUUGCAAAGCUGCCGUGGCAUGGGAAGCCGGUAAGCCGCUGAUAAUAGAAGAGGUGGAGGUGGCACCACCCCAGGCAAUGGAGGUUCGUUUGAAGAUCCUUUUCACCUCUUUGUGCCACACUGAUGUUUACUUCUGGGAGGCAAAGGGACAAGCUCCAUUAUUUCCUCGCAUAUUUGGUCAUGAAGCCGGAGGAAUUGUUGAGAGUGUGGGUGAGGGUGUAACAGACCUUGAGCCUGGGGAUCAUGUCCUUCCUGUGUUCACCGGGGAGUGCAAACAGUGUCGUCACUGUAAAUCGGAUGAGAGUAACAUGUGUGAUCUUCUGAGAAUCAACACUGACAGAGGGGUAAUGCUCAAUGAUGGCAAGUCAAGAUUCUCCAUCAAUGGAAAACCCAUUUACCAUUUUGUUGGCACCUCAACCUUCAGCGAGUACACUGUGGUUCAUGUUGGUUGUGUUGCCAAAAUCAAUCCUGCUGCUCCACUUGAUAAAGUUUGUGUUCUCAGUUGUGGAAUCUCAACAGGUCUUGGUGCCACCUUGAAUGUUGCAAAGCCCCAAAAAGGGUCAUCUAUUGCCAUUUUCGGAUUGGGAGCUGUAGGCCUUGCUGCUGCUGAAGGGGCUAGAAUUGCAGGAGCUUCGAGGAUAAUCGGGGUUGAUUUGAACUCCAAGAGAUUUGAAGAAGCCAAGAAAUUUGGUGUCACUGAGUUUGUGAAUCCAAAAGACUAUAACAAGCCUGUUCAGGAGGUGCUCGCUGAAAUGACCGGAGGGGGAGUUGAUCGAAGUGUGGAAUGCACUGGGAAUAUCAAUGCCAUGAUUUCUGCAUUUGAAUGUGUUCAUGAUGGAUGGGGUGUUGCUGUUCUUGUUGGUGUGCCAAACAGAGAUGAUGCUUUCAGGACCCAUCCAAUGAAUCUCUUGAACGAAAGGACUCUUAAAGGAACUUUUUUUGGAAAUUACAAACCGCGUACUGAUCUUCCUUCGGUGGUAGAGAAAUACAUGACCCAGGAGCUUGAGGUUGAGAAAUUCAUAACGCAUGAAGUUCCUUUCUCUGAAAUCAAUAAGGCCUUUGAGUAUAUGCUUAAAGGCGAGAGCCUUCGUUGUAUAAUCCGCAUGGAUGCUUAAUCGCCAGAUCAAGUUUGGCAGUUCGCAAGGUGAAGAAUAAGUUCUGGUGGGAUUGAUAAUGAAAAUUUAAAUUUUGAUCUUAAAACUUGGGAAGAGAUUGCCAAAAUAGUGUUUAUAGAACAGGGUGGUUAAGUGUAAUUCUUCUUCUUCAUUGUACAUAAAAAAUAAGAGAAUGAUUUGUAGCUUCUAUGAACAAAAGUAGUUGAUGUUUUGCUUUGAAUAUUCAAUGAUUCUUUC